CACCUCAGACUACUACUUGAUGAUUCACAUCUUCUGUGCUGAACAUGACUCGUGAGCUUGUGUUCUGCUCUGUCAUACCUCCGAAUAGCGAGUCUUGGGCCAACAUGGCCACACUAGGAAAGACACGCUAGAGUGGCGCAUGCAAGGCCAGGCGCUUUUUCCCUCCACGUCGGACAUCUCGGCGGCUGCUUCCGAACCACAAAGGUCCGAUGAAGAUGAGUGCACCCGCCAGCGUCGACGUCGACGUGCUCAUCAUCGGAGCAGGCAUCGCUGGCAUUGACGCUGCCUACCGCGUGCAGAGCGAGACGAAGCUGUCGUACGCCGUCGUCGAGGCCCGCAACGAGAUUGGAGGAACAUGGAGCCUGUUCAAGUUCAGCGGCGUCAGGUCAGACAUUGACAUGAUCCAGUACGGCUACAGCUUCCGACCCUGGACAAAGGACAAGUUAAUUGCAGAGGGCUGGGAGAUCCGUCAGUACAUCGAUGACGUGGCCACCGAGAAGGGCAUCAAGGACAACAUCAAAUUUCAACGCCGCGUCGAGUCUGCCUCGUGGUCAUCGGCGGAGAAGCGCUGGACGGUGACGCUCCGUCGCACCGACCCGUCUGGCGGCAAUCACGAACCGGAGUUGAUGACAUCCCGAUUCAUCUUCAGCUGCACGGGCUACUACGAUGAUCAGAAGGGCUACUACCCUCCCAUCAAGGGCGCACAACUCUUCAAGGGCCCGCUCGUCCGGCCGCAAUUCUGGCCCGACAAUCUUGACUACCGAGGAAAAAAGGUUGUCAUCAUUGGCAGCGGUGCCACAGCGGCCACGCUCCUUCCGAGCAUGUCGCGCGGCAAAGAUGGUGCGUCGAGCGUGACGCUGCUCCAGCGGUCUCCUUCCUACUACUUUGCUCUGCCCAGCGAGCGACCAAUCGUCAACGUCUUCCGACGCUGGGCACCCGCAUGGACAGACCAGCUCAUGAGAUGGUGGCUGUCGACUAUCGACUUUCUCUUCUUUCUCUGGUGCCUCAUGUUCCCAAAUGCUGCCCGCAGACUCAUCCGCUUUCUCACUGCGCGCCAGCUCCCUCCUCACAUUCCUCUCGACCCACACUUUGAUCCAAAGUACACGCCGUGGAAGGAGCGCCUGUGCAUGGUGGCCGAUGGCGACUUUUUCCAAACGCUGCGCUCGGGCAAGGGACAUAUUGCCACGGGCGUCAUCGACACCUUUACCCCAGACGGUAUCCAGCUCGUCGACGGCACCUUUCUCGAGGCCGACGUCGUGGUGCAAGCGACGGGCCUCGAGGUGCGCAUCUUGGGAGGCAUCGACUACAAGGUGGAUGGCGAGACGGUCGAGACGGGCAAGCGCUGGCUCUACCGUGGCACGAUGCUGUCCAACGUCCCCAAUCUGAUCAACAGCAAUGGGUACUUCUUCCAGGCAUGGACCCUGGGAGCCGACAUUUCAGCGAGGUCAUUCACCAAGCUCGUCAGACACAUGGAGAAGAAGGGCUACUCGUCGGCGACGCCAAUACCUCCAGAUGGCAUCGAGCAGAUCACGGAGCGCUUCGUCACGUCCGGCUACAUCGUCCGGGCCUCUGGCCGGUUCCCUAAGGUCUCGACAAAGAAGCCCUGGAAGGGGAGAAGUCACAUGCUGGCCGACUGGCUAGACUUGCACUUUGCCAAUGUAGAGGAGGACAUGCGCUUCGAGUGAUGGGGGUAAUGUCGCCCUGGCCCUCUCCGAGCUGGGUGCAGCUGUGCGUGCAUCCGCGGUUGAUUGCGAAACAAAUGCAAGAAUACAGUAGUAGUAGAAGUACUAAUAGAAGUAGUGGAAAGAGGCUUGCAGUAGUAGUAGUAGAGUACCUGAUUUUCCUUCUUUUUUUGUAUUUUUGUCCGUAAAGCGCAUGAUAAGUUCGGGUGGG